AAAGGGUUAAAUUUAAUGCUUCAAUAUCUCUCAUUCUCUCUUUCAUUCUUUUCUCGAUGGUUUCAAAAGUUAUUAUCCUUGAAUCAAGAGGUGUUACUCGUAUCAUCGAGUUUAUGAUUUUUUGUCAAAUCAUCAUUUUUUAAGAGUUUAGAAAAAGAAAAUCUCAAAUCCACAUUAGUGCUAAUGGUACAACAUUUUUUUCAGCUAUUUUUCACGAUCUUCUGAAAAUUUUCAUACUUUUUCUUCAGCUGCACCAAAAAGAUGCUCCCGAGCAUUUUGUAGGUUCCUUUGUGUUCCUAAGUCUAUGGAUAAGUAGAUAUAGGCUGAUGAAAUAGGCACCUUGGAUCUGCGUGAAGUAUGAUAUUCGUACACACAAUUGCUACUUCGCAUUCAAGUUCCUCAUAUUCGAUCCUAGAGACACAGAUUUAUUACGUUUACACAACUGAUUUGUUCCAUCUGCAUGAACGAAUCAUUCGUCAGUUUUUUCAGUCGCAUAAACAACUGCAAAGCAACGAAAAAUCUGUUCGUAUCAAUCUUCAACUCAUCAUCGAUCGAUCAGUUUCAAAUCCAUUAUUCUUUCAAACGCUCUACAAUCACUGAACUAAAUCUCACUCGAUAUAUAAAAUGAAUUCGUCGAGAUUUUUCUUCGUUUUUACAUCACUAUGGUGUUGGAAUUAUGUACCAGAAGUGAAUUCAACGAAGCAAAAUGCUCUAAUCUUCAACCCAGAUGAAACCAAACUCGUAGACAUAAAUCCUAAGGACCAAGAUUUGACAAUAAACCAUCGCUUUAUAACUGCUUGUCCAGCUUCUUCGGAUUCACAAGAUGAAGACAUAUUUAAUCAAUAUGCUUCUAUUACUGGAAAAAGUCUAUUCUUAAAAACGCUCUACAACAGUGGCACAUUAGCGAAAAACGUUGAAUUGGGUAUUUGUGACCAAUCACCAAUACCGCAAUUGCUACUAGAUGAUACAGAGGAUGUUUACCACAUUGGUUACGAGUUGUUUUACGAAAAAGGAACGAUCAAUUUAGAUUUCACAAAAUACUACUAUUUCUAUCAGGUUUUCGAAAGAAAAUUAAAAGAAAAUCCUAAUCCUAAUAAGACCUACGUCACUCUAAAUUUCGAUAAUGGUAAUAUAAUGUUUGGAAUUAAAGGAAAAGAGAUGCAGAAACCAAUGGCAUACUAUUGGAUAAAUGUACUGUCAAUCGUUAUCAGCUCUGCCGAAUUCGGGAGACUUAUAGGCUUUGAAAAAGACACCAUCAAUUAUCCAAAUACAUCUCAAACAAUAAUGUCCUACUGCAAAACUUACUACCUGGAGGAUGGCAAAAUCUCAGAUAACGAAAACCCCGCAGCUCAAAUAUCCGCAGAUAUUCACGAUAAAACUCCUCGACUGGAAAAAACUCAAAUACUACCGAUGCAAAUGUUCCACACACAAGCUGCAAAACUUGCCACUUGCAAUUAUCUGAAUAUCGCCUUCAUAUGGAACACCGUCGCGAAUGAGUCCUUGAAAGAAGUCGACCUCUUCCUUUAUGCGAUGUAUCAACUAUGGCCUUCCGAAAUCGAUUUAUACUUCGGUGUGAUUGGUGAAUCAGAUAAAAUUAGCCCCGAUACACAAAAUGAGCUCAAAUCAGAAGACGACAGUUUCCUGCAAUUUGCCAUCCCCAAAAUAAUAUUUCGAGUAGUGAAUUACAAGACGGAAGGCAUAACCUAUCAAGUUUUCAUUAUUAUUCAUAACGAUACAAAUCCGAUACAAGAAACUGAUAGAGUUUGUAGCCGAGAUCCUGAAUUAAAAAGUUGGAAAGUUAUAGAGAAUAAAGACACCAGCUCUGGAACGGCUUACGCUUGUGAGCUCACAUCAGAUAUGGUCGAUAAAUUGGAAUUUUAUUAUAAUAACGAUUACUAUAACACUGGCGAGCCGUCUAUUCUCAAAUUGGACAAAUUUCCGGAAUUUGAUCCUACUAAAAAAGAAAUCGUCGAACGAAAUGUAGUGGAAGAUAUUAGUAAAAGAAUUGAUUUCAUUAAAACAAAUAAUGCCGAAAAUUAAUUGUAAAAAUGUACAACUCUGUUAAUUUUGAAUCCUUAUUUAUGUACUUACAUAGUAAAUUAAACUUAAGAUGUAAAUUAUC